AUGGAUAUCCCCAAAAGUAGUUCUGAGUGUGCCCCAGUAGUCACAGCUGCAAACACUAGUGAGAACGCUAAAGAAAUCAAAGCGAUAGACAAUAUUUCCGUGCACAAAAUUUGUUCCGGACAGGUGAUUCUGGGAUUGGGUUCAGCAGUGAAGGAGCUUGUGGAGAAUGCUUUGGAUGCAAAAGCUACUCUGAUUGAGGUGAAACUCAAGGACCAUGGCUUGGAAUCCCUGGAAGUGUCAGACAAUGGGAUUGGAGUGGAAAAAUCCAAUUUCCAAGGCCUCACGGGAAAGUAUCACACUUCCAAGAUUCGAGAUUUCGUGGAUUUGGAGCAAGUGGGGACUUUUGGUUUUCGAGGAGAGGCUUUGAGCUCUCUCUGUGCAGUGUCUGACAUGGUGAUCAUCACCAGGCAUCAGUCAGCUGUCUGUGGAACUCGUCUGGAGUUUGACUACCGCGGAGACAUCAUCGGAGAGCUUCCAUGUGCCCGCCAAGUAGGAACUACAGUUCAGGUAAGAAAUUUAUUCGGUUCCCUGCCUGUCCGGAAGGCAGAAUUCCGCCGGAAUGUGAAGAAGGAGUUCAGAAAGAUGUGCAGCAUUCUCGAGGGUUACUGUCUAGCUGCGACUGGAGUGAGGAUUAUCUGCACAAAUUCCACUCUCAAGGGCUCAAAAACGACAAUUUUCCACACGGAGGGCGGAAGAGAUGUUCUGGAGAAUAUCGGGAAUAUUUUUGGGACGAAGCAGGUGGGGGAAUUGGUAAAAAUCAAGCCUCCACUCGAGAGAGAUGAUCAAUUCAGUCAGGAAACUUUUCUUGAACUGGAUCUCGAUGAGGUUCGAACGGAAGAUCUGGAGAAGCUCAAUGUGAAUCAAUUCACAAUAAGCGGAUGGAUUUCCAGUUGCGCCCAUGGGUCCGGAAGAUCCUCAAGGGAUCGUCAGUUCAUCUACAUUAACUCCAGACCGUGUGAGCUCAAAAAGAUCCUGCAGGUGAUCAAUGAUGUUUAUCACAAGUACAACAUCAAUCAAUAUCCUUUCGUUUUCCUGGACAUUCGCAUGGACAAUUCCCGGGUAGAUGUCAAUGUGACUCCGGAUAAGAGGCAGUUGUUCGUCAUGAAUGAGAACAUCUUGCUUCUGGCCCUGAAGAUUGCCCUGCUGAAGACUUUCAAUGAAUGUGCUUCGAGCUAUAAAAUCGAGAAACCAGAAAAAUCAAUUAGGCUUCCGGAAAAAGCUUCCAAGAAGCCCAAGCCAGACGAAGAGGAAGAUCUUUUCCCUUCAAGCCAGGAAAAAUUCUCACAAAAGCUCUCACAAUGGAAAGCAACCGGGAAUACCGAAGAAAAGUGGUCAGGACAGAAAAACAAAAGGAAGAUUGACGAUGAAAUCUCUGCAAGAAAAGCCAAGAUGAAGAAAAUCCAGGCAAUUCUGGACAGUCCUGAGAAGUCAGAGAAGCCUCAAAAGGUGGCAAGAUUGUCCUGUGGAAGUACUCCCAGGAGAGAAAUUUGCUUUGAAGCCAAAACUCCGGAAGUUCAAGAAUCUCGAAAGGACCAAAAAGAAACGGCUUUUGAAGAACCUCCUUCAAGCAGUACCCCAAAAACGGCUGCAGAAAGACCAAAAACUCCCACUCCCAAAUCGAAAAAAUCUCCAGAGAAGAGCCCAGAAGCCCAAAAGGCUCUCCCAGAGGUCGUAGAAGAUGAAGUAAUCGAUGUAAAUUCCGUAGUCAAUUCCUACUCUACUCGUGCCAAAAUCCGCCAGAUGGUGCAAAAACUCUCAAUCUCCAUUCGGGAAGUUGCCGAAAAAUCCCGCCAGGAGGCCUCAGCAAGGCGCCAAAAUGCAGAAAAAGCCAGUAAUCUCAAGAGAUUGAGAUUCAAAGCCAAACUAGACAGUCUGGACGCAGCUGAGGAGGAACUCAGUCGAGAGAUCGACAAGACUUCCUUCAGCCAGAUGAAGAUCAUCGGACAGUUCAACCUGUCCUUCAUCAUUGCUCGCCUGGAUGACGAUCUCUUCAUAGUUGAUCAGCACGCCACGGACGAGAAGUACAACUUUGAGCAACUCCAGGCCACGGAAAAAAUCCAAUCCCAGCCUCUGGUUAUUCCUCAGCCCCUCGAACUGAGCGCAGUGAAGGAGCUGCAGCUGAUGGACAAUCUAGAAGUCUUCCAGCGCAAUGGAUUUCACUUCUUGAUUGACCAGGAAGCUCCCAUGACGAAGAGAAUUAAGCUGGCGCAGAAGCCUCAAAACAGAAAUUGGGAUUUUGGCCUGGAUGACAUCGAGGAGUUGCUGUUCAUGCUCCAGGAUGCUCCACCUGGCGUCAUGUGCCGACCAUCGAGGGUCAGGGCCAUGUUCGCUUCCAGGGCUUGCCGGAAGUCCGUGAUGUUCGGAAUGGCGCUGAAAAAGAGCGACAUGAGGCGACUGCUCGACCACAUGGGAGAGAUCAAGCAUCCCUGGCACUGUCCUCAUGGAAGGCCAACCAUGAGGCACCUCGUCAAUCUCCAAAUGGUCAAAGAUUGAGCUAAAAAUAUUUCAUAAUAACAUAUUUUUUGUAAUUCUAAGUUUUCAGGAUCUAAAGUCUUUUCUGUGAAAUUUUAAGCAUGAAAA